GUUCUCCGAGCCGUCAAUCAAAGCUCUGACCCCGCCCCCCUUGCCGUCACACGCCUUUCGAGUGACGUCAAAGUGUCUGCAGGUGUUGGAAGAGGCGCAGUAUUGGCGUAAGUGACGCUUAACACGGCUUUUACGAUGGCUUCAGCUACAGAUAACCGUUAUGGACAAAAGGAGUCUUCAGACCAGAACUUUGAUUACAUGUUCAAAAUCCUGAUCAUCGGAAACAGCAGUGUUGGAAAGACCAGCUUUCUGUUUCGUUAUGCAGAUGACUCCUUCACACCAGCAUUUGUAAGCACGGUGGGCAUCGACUUCAAGGUGAAGACCAUCUACAGGAAUGACAAGAGGAUAAAGCUGCAGAUCUGGGACACUGCGGGACAGGAACGCUACAGAACCAUCACCACCGCCUACUACCGCGGAGCCAUGGGCUUCAUCCUCAUGUAUGACAUCACCAACGAGGAGUCUUUUGCUGCUGUGCAGGACUGGUCCACCCAGAUUAAGACAUACUCAUGGGAUAACGCUCAGGUGCUGCUUGUGGGCAACAAGUGUGACAUGGAGGAUGAGAGGGUUGUGGCCUCUGAGAGGGGACGACAGCUCUCCGAGCAUCUCGGUUUUGAGUUUUUUGAGGCCAGUGCCAAGGACAACAUUAACAUUAAACAAACCUUCGAGCGGCUGGUGGACAUAAUCUGUGAGAAGAUGUCAGAGAGCCUGGAUGCCGCUGAUCCUGCAGUGACGGGAGCCAAACAGGGGCCGCAGCUCACCGAGCAGCCCACCGCUCCGCACCAGGACUGCGCCUGCUGAAAACCCCACGGCUGUAUCUGCACUGCCUCGCACCAACACACAAAAACAACAAGUUUAGGUAUUUAAAAAGAACAAGAAACAUAAAACCCUCAAUUCCCUUACUGCCUCCUCUGGUCACACCCUCUAGCUCCUCCCCCUCCUCUCUGAAUACUCAUUUUGACAUUUCAAACUUUGAAAUGAUUUUAUUCAACGUGCAAUCCAUUCAAUUUUAAAAGGAAAGCCUUAGUGCACUUUAAAGGGAUAGUUCACCCAAAAAUUAGAAUUCUGUCAUUGUUUACUCUCCCUCAAGUUGUUCCAAACAAAAGAUAUUUUGAAGAAUGUUUAACCAAACAGUUGUUGUUCCCCUUUGACUCCCUUAGUAUGGAAAAAAUAGUAGACAUUUUAGUUUAAAUAUUCUUCAAAAUAUCUUCUUUUAUGUUCAGCAGAAGAAAUUCAUAUAGUUGGGUGAACUAUCCCUUUAAGGGUUUGAUUAGGCCUGAAAUUAUGAUUAAGCCCACAUUAUGUUUUAAGGACUUUAUAAUUAGGCCUAUAUUUAAAUGUUAGGAGUGUGUGAUUAGGCGUUAGUUUGGCAUCUUUUUGUUUUCGAUGACUUCAUUUCACUUCAUAUUUUAACAUUUUUCUUCUUCUACACUACCAUAUCCUUAAAUUAUUUAUGAACAAAUAUGAAAAGAGAAAUGGAGAGAGAUUUCUGUAUGUUUAUUCCAAAAAAAGUGUACAUAAAUACAGUUCAGUAUUUAAAUAAUACAGUUAGAAAUACAUAUCUAAAAUGUUUAGUUAUUUUUGAAAAAAAUUACCAAUUCUGACAAAUACAAAGAGAGUUAGAGAAGUCAGUUAAUACUGUUUCCGUGGUAAUUCUUUGCAGUGCUCGUCACAAACCUUUCUUGCUUAUUUGUAUCUGUGACAUUGUAUCUUGUUCACUGCCUUGCCUCAUGUAACUUCAGUCCCGGGACUGAAGGCCAGAUAUCAUACACAAACAUUCCUUAAUGUAAAUUUGCAUGGAAGGAAAUAAAGCCAUUUAGGCAAAUAGUGGUAGGAUUCCUUUCUCAAUGCUUUGUUAGGUCUAGUCAAGUGUAUUCCUAGUCAGAAUCUGAGUUUGAUUUGCAGCCAUGCUGUUGCUUAUUUCAUUAUAGCAGCAGAGCCAUAAGCUCGACCUACGUACCAUCAACAAUAUAUGCGCUCUCAGAAUUUAGCAAAAGUGGCUGAGAUUUGACUGGCAUUUCCCAUAAUGACUUUCUAGACUGGCGUGUCCUGUGUCCCGAUGAGUAUUAACGUUUACAUGUGCAAGAUCCUCCCUGAUUAUUCCUGCAUAUUUCCUUUGCUAUUCUGUCUUCCUUUAGUGAAAACUUACUGUAAAUACAUUUGGUUUUAUGUGUGGACUGUUGUACCGAUUAUGGGCUUUAAUAAAAAAAUCUAGGUGAUAUUAAGAAAAAAGCUACAGAAGAGGAUAUAAAGGAUGUUGUUUCCCUGCUGUUGUGUAUGCCUGCUUGUGAAUGAAUGUCACUUUAUUACAGAGCAAUAUUGAAGAAAAUACCUUUUCAUGUGUUGCAGAUUAUUUACCGUUUUGUUAACAUAAACAGAACAUUUUUGUAGGAUGUAAUGGGAAUGUGAUUGUUUUAUUGAGUGGAUUAAAUCCUAGUACUGUUGUAAACCAAAGCAGGCAGAUAGACUGACCGUCACAUCUACUGUGGAGCAAGUUUGCAGAAAUUCAAACGCCUGACUGUAUUUGUGGCAUAUGCUGUUCAUUGUUAAAAAAAAUGCUUGUGUUGAAAUUAAAAUGUUAAAUUUAAUGUAGAUGUCAGCAGAGCCAUUGCUACAUUCACUAGGCCUGAGACAAGUUGUUUGUUGGUGGGUCCCCUCUCUUUUAGGCCUAAUGAGCAGUUUAUAUAGACAAGAGGACCUUAGUGAGGCCCUCUCAUGACCCUGGAUAUCAGAAAUGAGAAGAGAAUAAGUUUGAAUCUUUAUUAACGUCACAGCUCACCACGUAAGGUAUCCGCUCCACGUUCAGAUCAGUUUAUCAUUUAUCACUAAAAGUUUGUUCUCCAUUUCCUACAUUUUUAUCUAGAAUUGUUCUUAUUCAUGCUUCAUUGUGAUUUUCUUUUUUUUUGUAUUAGAUUUUUUUGUUUUCUGAUAAUCAAGUGUAAUGUACAAGGAAAAAACACUAAUAUGCAGUAGUAAAUGUACUGUACUUACAAUAAGGGGUUUGGUGUCAAAGUGUCCAGUGAUGAAAUUUACCAAAUCAACUGUCUAUGUUGUGAAAAUGACUGAACUUAUAAAAAUAAAAGUUUGUGCUGUUUA